AUUAUUAUAAUCACCUUAAUUCUUUCUCGUAAGUUUUGUACUCACAUAUAUCUACAGUCUUUAUAUCUUAGUCCCUUUCUACUUUAUUCACACACACACUUGGUGGGCAUUUAUAUGAGUGUUCACUGUGGAGUCCAGUUGUGAAAGCUUUCAGUUUUUCAGAUCCUGAAGCUCCUGCCCAGUAAAGGGUCUUUCAUUUUCAGGGCGUGCUAUAGCCGAGUCUCUGAGGAACUAGGAUUAGGAGUGACGCAUUAGUGGCAAGCUUCUGGUUUCUUUCUGAAGCACGAUAUGGGCUCCAAGAAUAACCCUCCUGGUAAUAGAGGACGAAACCCGCUGUCUAUAUUCUUUGUACUUGGUCUGUGCUGUUUCUUUUACUUGCUUGGAGCAUGGCAAAAGAGUGGUUUUGGAAAGGGUGAUAGCAUAGCACUGGAAAUAACAAAGCAAACAGACUGCAACAUAUUUCCCACUUUAGACUUUGAGCCUCAUCACAAAAGUGUUCUAGUCGUCAAUUCUUCAAAGCCCAUAACCAAGAUAUAUAAGCCAUGUGAUGUGAAAUAUACUGAUUAUACUCCUUGCCAAGAACAGAAACGUGCUAUGAACUUCCCAAGGGAGAAUAUGAUAUAUAGGGAAAGACAUUGUCCCCCACAAGAAGAAAAAUUGAAAUGCCUUAUUCCAGCACCCAAGGGCUAUAUGAUUCAAUUUCCUUGGCCAAAAGGCCGCGAUUAUGUUCAUUAUGCUAAUGUUCCUUAUAAAAGCUUGACAUAUCAAAAGGCUGUUCAGCACUGGGUGGAAUAUCAUGGUAACGUCUUUAAGUUUCCAGGCGGUGGGACAAUGUUCCCACAAGGUGCAGAUGCAUAUAUUGAUGAACUUGCAUCAGUAAUUCCUAUUAAAGAUGGAUCUGUAAGAACUGCACUGGACACUGGUUGUGGGGUUGCAAGCUGGGGUGCUUCGUUGAUGAAGAGAAAUGUAUUGGCCAUGUCAUUUGCCCCAAGGGACAAUCAUGAAGCUCAAGUGCAGUUUGCUCUAGAAAGAGGAGUCCCUGCUGUUAUUGGUGUUCUAGGAACAAUUCAUCUUCCAUAUCCAUCAAGAGCAUUUGAUAUGGCUCAGUGUUCUCGUUGUCUGAUUCCAUGGACCGCAAAUGACGGGAUGUACUUAAUGGAAGUUGAUAGAAUUCUUAGACCUGGGGGCUACUGGAUCUUGUCUGGCCCUCCAAUCAAUUGGAAGACUUACUAUAAGACGUGGAAACGAUCUAAAGAAGAAGUCAAGGCUGAGCAGAGAAAAAUUGAAGAGCUAGCCGAACGUCUUUGUUGGGAGAAGAAGUAUGAAAAGGGAGAUAUUGCCAUUUGGAGAAAGAAAAUAAACGCUGAAUCCUGCCAGAGGAAUCCGGCCAAUACUUGUCAAUCUAGUGAUGCUGAUAAUGUCUGGUACAAGGAAAUGAAAUCAUGCAUAAGCCCUUACCUUGAGGUUUCUAGUGCCAAUGAGGUAGCCGGAGGCGAAUUGCAGAAGUUUCCACUCAGGUUAUUUGCAGUUCCUCCUCGAAUAGCUAAAGGACUUGUCCCAGAGGUCACUGUCGAAUUAUAUCAGAAAGACAAUAAAUUGUGGAAACAUCGUUUACAGACGUACAAAAGAAUCAGGCAGUUACUUGGCUCUACACGAUACCGGAACAUAAUGGAUAUGAAUGCCGGCCUUGGGGGCUUUGCGGCAGCGCUCAAUUCACCAAAAUCAUGGGUAAUGAAUGUGGUGCCUACUAUUGCUCCAAACACUUUGGGUGUUAUUUAUGAAAGAGGCCUGAUUGGAAUAUAUCACGACUGGUGUGAAGGUUUUUCUACUUACCCAAGGACAUAUGACCUCAUCCAUGCAAAUGGUUUGUUCAGCUUGUACCAAAACAAGUGUGAGUUAGAGGACAUUCUUCUGGAGAUGGAUCGCAUACUUCGGCCUGAUGGGUCGGUUAUCCUUCAUGAUGAGGUCAAUGUCUUGAACACAGUAAAUCAAAUUGUCAGAGGUAUGAGAUGGGACUCGAAAAUGUAUGACCACGAAGAUGGCCCUUUAAUACCCGAAAAGAUAUUAGUUGUGACAAAACGAUACUGGGUUGGAAACAGCAACAGCACAUCUUCCAUUGAUGAAUAAAACAGUGGAUGAAUGAGUUGCUUGAAGAUUAUCAUUCACUGAAUUAUACUGGAGGGUCAUAAAGCGUCUACUGCAAAGGGUCACCAAUUAUGUGUAAGUUAUGAAUACGUUAAUUUAAUUUGUUUAUUUGAGCAUCAUUUUUUUUAAAUCUUUUUAAAAAAAUCGGUAGGUAAACUUCUUUUGGUAUGUAACUGGAAUCAUGUAGUAUAGGUUGAAGGUCACCAAAAAUCAGAAACAGAAAAUAAGGGAGAGCUACUGCAGAAUGAUAGUAAUGUGAAUUUGAGCACUUUGAUAUAUGUUGGAUUGUGGUAUGGUGCUAAGUGAAUAUUCAAAAGCAAGAGUUUGCUGUA